CACAGGUAUGUGAUUUUUUGUUGUAAACACACAACAACAAGAUAAAUCAGGUUUUUAACUUGAAAUGUCAGCUGUAAGAUUUGCAUAUGCAUGGAAGUGAGUGCCAAGUUUAUCAAACAGUGAUGUAUUUAUAGUAGCAGUUCUAAUUCCAAAAUUUUAUUGUGUUAUCAUUUCAAACGUGUUGAAGCCAUAUUAAUUUAUGUGUUUUGCCAAUUUUCUAAGCAUUGUUCUGAACAUCGUCAUUUAUGAAACUUGAAAUGACUAUUACGCAAAGGAAAUUACUUGUCAAACAAACAUCAGUUAUCUUUUGUGGUUGACGCUUAAAACGUCAGAACAAUUUUGUAAGCUGACACUUGUCUGUUGUUAUUUUAGAGAUGCUUGAACUACAAUUUGAAAUAAAAAUCUUUGCAUACAAAUGGGUUUAAUGAAUUCUAUAAUUUGUGAAAUUGUUGCCUAGUCUUUGUUGUCAUACUUGUUUAAUUUGAAUAAAUAAAUAAAUAAAUAAAUAAAUAAAUAAAAUAAAAUUUGUAGUUUUACUUUCAGAUGUCCUGAUUUUUUGACAUCAUAGACACUGUUUUUUUAAAAAAGAAGUGCUUUUAAACACACCCUGUGGUUUCUACAUGAUGUUACACAUCAAACAUACAUUUUCAUUGACUUUAAUUUUCAUGUAAAAACCAUGUUUGAAAGCAAAACUCAGCUACAGUUUAAAAUGUAAACAUUAUUAAAAGGCAAGUGUGAUUAGGUACUUAGAUAAUGAUUGAAUCGAAAGUCUGAGCUUGUGAGAUUAUUAAAGUUCAUUAGGGGUUAUGCCACAGGAACAGAAACACAAACAGAUGUCAUACUGCAGCUAUAAAGUUUUUCUAGUAAAAAAAGAAAUGCAAUGGAAAUGAUAUUUAAAUAAAAAUUUGAAUAAUUUAUUUAAGAAGGGUUAGAAUUCACAGUAACAAAAAAAAGUUGCAAUUUAAAUUUUAACUCUUUUUUAAAUCUUUAACUCAAGCUUGAGACAGUUAUGAAUAAAGGAGAUUUACUCCUAACAAUUGUAUGUUGGUAUUUCUGUGCGACCAUAUGUAAAGUGUCAGCAAUAGCUCCAUCUGCUGUUAUCAAUUUAACAGCCAGCAAUGUGCUGUCAAAAUCAAUGGAUUUAUCCUGGCAAGCUUCCAAUUCAACCAGGGGUAACAUUACUGAAUUUCAAGUCAAGUAUUCCUAUCAAAUGGGUGAUGUGGUUAAUGUAACUAUAAAGAAGAUAACAGACACAUCUACACGUAGUUACUCUCUAGAUGGAUUGUUGCCAAAUAUUCAAUAUAAAAUCGAAGUUUCUGAAAAAACCGAUGAGUAUGGUCCACCAGCCAGUAUAACUGUUUUAACAAAAGUGGGAGUACCACAAGCUGCUCCUACUAUCCUUAGCAUCACAAAUGUCACAUCAACCUCCGUAAAUGUGACUUGGAAGCCUAUUCCGAAGUAUUUGCAGGGUAGUAAUUCGAUAAGUUACAUAUUAAUGUAUGGAAUUGAUGCACCCAGUAAUAAGACAAGCGUGAUGGGCAAUGAAAGUAGUGUGGCUUUGAUGAAUCUGAAACCAAAUUCUUCUUAUACUUUGUUCAUAUUUGGUCUAACUUCGUAUGGUAACGAUGGGCCUCAUGCUUCAAAAACCUUCCUAACAGCUCAAAAUGGUCCAUCUCAACCUUACAAUGUGACUAAGCAAGAUGCAGAAGCUGAUUCAGUUACCAUAUCGUGGUCAAAACCUCUCAACACAUUUGGAGUGAUCAAGUUUUACUUGAUUUACUUGUACAAGGAUGAUACAUUUGUGCGCAAGUAUAAAGUAAAUGUAGAAGAAGAGAAAAAAUUGGAAUUUAAAAUAACAAAUUUAGAACCAAAAACUACUUAUGAAGUCAAGAUUGUUGCUAACAAUAACAUGGAUGGUGAAGCGAGUGAGGUAUUAACAAUUGUAACUGAAGAAGAAAAAGGCUCUAAAAGCAACCAUACAAACAUCAUUAUCGGCGUUGUCAUUGUUGCUAUCAUUGUCAUCAUUGCGGUUGUGGCUAUUGUUAUCAUUUAUCGCCGUAGAGAUAGCGGAAAGCAUUUAAUUGGUAAUGCUAAUAAGAAGGGAACAGAAGAAAACGUUUCUUUAAAAACAGCUGAUGAUAAUGGUGCACAAUCGUAUGGUGCUGGAAAUGAGAUUUCAAUUAAACUUACAAACGUUUUGCUCUUUCAACUAUUGUUAGCAUACAGUGGUCACAAAACAAAGUUACGUUGCAUAGAAAAAUUAACUAAAACAAAGAUGAUAAAAAGAAGUUUUUUUGAGUGGGUGAUUACACUACCUUGCAUUUUUUUAAUCAUUGGUUUUUGUCAUGCCAACACACCACAAUUGAUAACGGGACUUUCUUCUCAGACAUUAUUUAUCAAUGAAACAUUGUUGCUGAAUUGUUCUUUUACACAAUCACUUGAUAUAGCAUGGUACAGGAAUGGUAACGACAUUACGAAUGAUGCCCGCGUAACAACCACACUAAAUAUUGGUGUAAACAAUAUUACAAGUUAUAUUUUAGAAAUUAAAAAUAUAAAAUUGAGUCAGCAAGGAAACUACAGUUGUCUAGCCACCAAUCUUAAAGGCAGUGAUAAAAACUAUGCAUUUAUAAGUGUUUACGACAAACCAGGAAAUUUAACUCUUACCGCGCCACUAAUCACUUCGAGAUCCUUACGACUUAAUUGGUAUCGUACGGAAAAACUAGUAUUUACAAGAGCAACACGUUUUGUUCACAUUUUGACGCACAGAGAAAAUAGUUUUUUUAACUUGACAAAUGUUGUAGCUAAAAAUGGAACUAGCGGUUAUUUUGUAUUUCAUAACUUGACACCUUAUACUACAUACAAGUUUAAGGUUUGGGAAAGCAUUGAUGGUCGCAAUGGAAGUGUUGAGAAUGUUUUUUUAGCAACAACAAAAGCAGAAGCUCCAUCUGCACCAAGAAACGUGAGGGUAACCACAUCUAAUUCUACUGCUAUUAAUAUUGUGUGGGACGAACCAGAAUUUCCAAAUGGAGAUAUAACAAAAUAUCGUGUUAAGUAUGCAUUUUAUACCACCAAUAUGACUUACCGAACAGAGAGAAAUCUCCAUUCUUCUGAAAGAAAAGCUCAACUUAGUGGUUUGUACCCAGCAUUGGAAUACACCAUCAUGGUUUCAGCAUACACAGUUAAUUUUGGUUCACCUGGUAACCUCACAGUGACAACACAAGAAGGAAUUCCACAAGUAGCACCUGGCGAUCUUCAGAUAAAAAAUAUUGAUUCAAAUACUGUGAAUGUUACUUGGAGUCCAAUACCUGAGUAUCUACGAGGAGGUACAUUGAGAGGAUAUCACAUCUAUUAUAUUGAUAUAAAAUCUAAAACAGAUGGAGAAAAGCCGGAGAAAUUGUUCAUAGAUGUUUCAAAUACCUCUCACCUGAUUGAUGGACUUUUACCAUUUAUGGAAUAUUAUGUCAGUAUUGUAGCUUUCACUGAUUCUGGUGAAGGUGUUCCUGCUGAAAAAACAUUUAGAACAUUAGAAGGAUUACCAUCUAUGCCACGUAAUUUGUUAGGUGGCCCUAUUUAUUUUCCUCGUGGUGAAAAACAGUCGAUACGUUUGUCAUGGCAGUCACCAGUUGUAACAAACGGAAAAAUAACACAGUAUCAAGUUGCUUACUCGAAAAUAUUAGUUUGCUUGAGAAACAGAUGCAAAAGAGAAAUGGAAAUGUAUAAAUGGUUUUUCGAUACAGAGAAUUAUACCAGGAGUGAUGGAGAACGUUUGCAUACUAUUUCCAGAGCUCUGGAUCCUUUUAGCAAGUUUUCAGUUAAAAUACGCGAGGCAACAAAUGCUGGAUGGGGAAAUUAUUCAGAUGUCAUAGAAGUCAAGACUGACGAAGGAAAACCAACCAAGCCUUGGAAUGUAUCUGCUUUUGACGUUUCUGACACAUCACUUACGUUAAAAUGGUUUGCUCCAGCCUUUCCUAAUGGUGUCAUCAAACGAUACAUAGCAACAAUUUUCAAAGGAUCUAAUCUACUGAACCACUAUUCAGUAUUUGUAACUACUAAGAAGAGAAUUCUGCAAUUGCAGAUAAACAAUCAUUUGGAAGCUGAAACGACCUACCGUAUUUAUGUAAAAGCAGUAAACAAAUUUGAUGGUGAAAGAAGUGAACCGUUAGACGUCACCACCUCAGCUACUCCGACAAAAUUCCCAUGGUUGUUUGUUUUGGUUGGUUGCUUAGUAACAGUGUUGUUGCUUGCCUUGAUUAUCACAAUACUCUUAUUAUUGUCAAGACGUCGACAGCAAUACAAAGAAGUUGAAACAGCAGAAGAUAUUUCAAUGUCGAAUUAUACACGAUCAAAACCUAUAGCUGUGGCCGAUUUAAAGCAAUACAGUGCACAACAGCAUGCCAAUAGUGACCAUGGCUUCAAUCAAGAGUAUGAAUCAAUUCGCAUACCUGUCAGCACAUUCACUUAUGAGCACAGUCAGAUGCCAUAUAACCAAGUUAAAAAUCGUUAUAGCAACAUAGUAGCGUAUGAUCACUCCAGAGUGAUAUUAUCACCAAUUGAAAACGACCCUAGUUCUACCUACAUAAAUGCAAGCUACAUCGAUGGUUUUGAAACACCGAAAAAAUAUAUUGCAACUCAAGGUCCACUGCCAGAAACAGUUCUUGAUUUUUGGCGCAUGAUAUGGGAACAGCAAUGUCCAAUGAUUGUAAUGUUAGCCAAGCUUGUUGAAGAUAGCAGAGUAAAAUGUGAGCAAUAUUGGCCAGAAGGUAAAGGUCUUCAAUAUGGCGACAUUGUUGUCACAGUGCAGUCUGUUAGUGAACUUACUGAUUACACAGUCAGAGUUUUUAAACUACACAAGGUCAACCAACCGAAAUCAGAAGAACGUGAAGUUCGACAGUUUCAUUUCACGAGUUGGCCUGAUCAUGGAGUUCCGUCCCAUCCAUCAUCUGUUCUCUCCUUUGUACGUCAUGUGAUGAGUUUUAUGGGAAAAUCAGAACAAAAAGGACCUUAUGUUGUACAUUGCUCUGCUGGUGUUGGGCGUACGGGAACAUUUAUUGCUAUUGAAGGAUGCUUAAGACAAAUGGAGGUUAGGAACGAAGUUGAUGUGUACGGUAUCGUGUUUGGUAUGCGAAUGCAGAGAAAUUACAUGGUACAAGUGGAGCCACAAUACACAUUUAUAUACGAUGCACUUUUGGACAACGUUGUGUGUGGUAACACGGAGGUCGAGCCAGCAGCUCUAAUUUCUAAAAUACAAUUUCUGAACUCUAAAGAUCCGAAAACAGGUGAAACGAAUUUGGCUGCUGAAUUCAAGCGAUUAGAAAGUGGUGUGUCAUUGAACGAUAAAAAUCAAUCCAUUGAUGCCGGUCAUCCAGACAAUAAACAAAAAAACAGAUUUCUAAAUAUUCUUCCCUAUGACAAAAAUCGAGUAAAGCUUUUACCAAUUGCCGGUAGCCGACAAUCAGAUUAUAUUAAUGCAAGCAUCAUUGAUGGUUUCCAACAGAAGAACGCUUUUAUUGCGACGCAGGCUCCGAUUGAGAAUACGGUCAAUGAUUUUUGGCGGAUGAUUUUAGAACAGAAUGUGCAUAUUAUUGUAAUGCUGACCAAGCUUGAGGAAAGAGGCCAGGAAAAAUGUUAUUUAUAUUGGCCACAAGCUGAUACAGUGUCGUAUGGUUCUGUUCAUGUUGAAGUUGUGAAUAUUCAAAAUGCUGACGACAACCUGAUCGUGCACGAAUUACGAUUAACAAACAGGGAGACUGGACGUUCCUGGGCUAUAACUCAUUUCAUGUACAUGGGUUGGCCAGAAUAUGGCUCCCCGUCUAGUGGUACCGAGCUCAUCCAGUUAAUAGGUUCAGUGCAAUCUGCUCAUCGGUCUAUAAAAAACACUGGUCCUAUCUUAGUGCACUGCAGUGGUGGUGUCGGUAGAACAGGGGUUUUCAUGUCUGUCUUUAAUUCAAUUGAGAAACUGAAAGCGAAAGAUGUUGUUGAUAUUUUCCAAACAACGCGUGCAUUACGUCUUCAACGGUGUGCUAUGGUGCAGACCAUGGAUCAAUAUUUAUUUUGUUAUCAAGCAUUAAAAGACUACCUGGAUUCAUUUGAUCUGUACACGAAACCUUUUGUGAAUGAUCCUCAAUGCUAGUAAACUCUACCAUUUUGUCACGUGCUAGCAGUGGUGACGUCACUGGUCGAAAAAAUACCAGUUUUUUAAAAAAAACUCAUUGUAAAAAAUCGAAAGCAUACAUAUCUCCACGAGCCAAAAUUACAUGGUUUAAACCAAGAUUACAUGGUUUGGACCAACAUUGCAUAUCUCCACAAGCCAACAUUACAUGGUUUGAGCCAGCAUAAUAUGGUUUUCGUAUUCGUUCACACAACCUAUGGAAUUUCAUUUUUGAUAUAUUGAGGUGGUUUCUACGAAGUAUUUUUUCCAAUUUUGAAGAAAUAGUAUACGUGGAAAGCAUUGUGAGCGUGUAGAAACCAUUCUUAGCGUAGAAACAAGACGUAACGAUAUUUUUUUGAAACUUGUUAUUUUUGUAUAAUAUUUAACUUUUUUAUUGUUUUAUUUUUUCAUGGGAAUUUUCUUCGCUGUAGAUAAAUAAAUAAAUAAAUACAAUUAAUGAUAUAAACCUUUCAGUGACGAGUUGGAUUUAAAAACCUGAAUAUCAUUAUUUUUUUAUCAACGUAAUUCCGCCAUUUUUAAAUCGUGUUUUGUUACAUCUUACGCCCAACACAGAAUAUUAUAUCAAUCUCAGUUUCAAGGGUUUCAUUUCAUUUUUAAAUAGAAUUUCCUAAUUUUUACAACAAUGAACGACUAAACCUAACCAUAGGUGAAUGGAUAGUGGAAGCCUGGGAACGAGUUUAACAAUCAGAGGUUGGGAACGAAACAUAUAUAGAAAAUUAUUUUAUACAAAGAUAUUUAACUUUUUUCUGGCUUAAAAAGAUUGUAUAAAAAUUUGUUUUGUAAACUUUCGAAAGAAGUCUCUUAAAUAUAAAUUUUAUUUAA